AUGUCAUCAAUUCGGCUGGAUAACUCGAAUUUCCGUGUCCUCAACGACGGCAAACCUGGAACAGCUGUCGAUCUGACUGUAUGGAAGACGACCAACAACGCCUCUCAGAAGGCAGUUGGCGCCGCUGCCAACGCAGGCAUUGCUGUUAUGCCUCCGACCGAGAGGAUCUGUUCCAACGACGGCGGAGGAUAUAAGUGGUGGCCUCAGUGCUAUACAUACUUCUAUUGGCCUGAACAGCUCAAGUACAAAGGUCCUUUCUUCGGUCAGGUACGACAGACCAGAUUUCCGAACGGUGAGGGUGGCUAUGUGCAGUGCCAGGCCAGCGGCUGUGGGGGACCUCACCCCACCGACUUGCACGACGUUGCACCCCAUCUUCUGGAUAUGCUGAUCCCAAUUUACGAUGAUCCGGCCGAUCAUCCUGAUGGUAUCGAAUGUGAAAUGUGCAAACAUGACGCAAAGAAGCAUAGUACUGACCACCACCGAAAGGCGGCUUGGACCAUGCUUCCGGAGUGCUUUAGGCUUCUUCCGUCAAAGUACCACAACUUCGUCAGAGUUUUCGAGAAGCAGAUGAUUGAAUAUGUCUUUCCCAUUCCAAUUCAGUUAUUGGACCCGAGCUUCCCGAAGGAGCAUGUUCCGUCCUUCCAAGAAGACCGCAAUUACUGGGAAACUUUUCUUCAGCUGACGGAACACUUGACAAUUGGCAAGGCAUACAAAGCUGGUUUGUUCAAAAUUCCCAAGAAUGGUUGUUACAUGGACUGGGGAGCAAUUGCCGGAGAUGUUCGAGAGUUGACGGCGAGGAUCGAAGAGCUUGAGGAAGAGGGCGAAAAAUUCGAUCCUCUGCUUAGACAUGGUGGUGGGCCGCAAGAUCCGUGA